AUAAUUGUUUUCUCGAAGAACUAUGCAUCUUCAGCUUGGUGCUUGGAUGAGCUUGUGAUGAUAAUGGAGUGUCACAAGACGACUGAGCAUACUGCAUACCCCAUCUUCUAUGAUGUGGAACCGACAGAGGUCCGGAAACAAAGCGGGGCAGUCGGAAAAGCUUUUGCUAAACAUGAAAAUGAUGAAGCUGCUGGGAAAUGGAAAGAGGUUCUAAAAGAAGCCGCAGAUCUCGCUGGAUGGGAGUUGAAGAACACUGCAAAUGGGCAUGAAGCCAAAUUCAUCCAAAAAGUUAUUGAAGAAAUUUCACUACAGUUACGUUCCAUUGAUUUCAAUGCUGAUGAAAAACUAAUAGGCAUGGAGACCAGGGUAAAGGAUGCUGUAUCAUCUUUAGAAAUUGAUAAGCCUCAGAAACACAGCCGAUUGUGGAUUGAUGAUGAAAUUAAAGAUAUAUUGGCUAAUGACUUGGGUACUAAAGAAACAAGAUAUAUACGAUUCCAGUUAGGUGAAGGCAAUUUUGAAAUUGUUUUGAAGGGUCUUAGAAAGAUGAAGAAACUUAGAUUUCUUCACAUGUCUCAGGAUAUAAUGCAUAAUUUUGGUGGAGAAUGGAAGUAUGAUAAUGUCGGUCAAUACUUUCCAAAUGCUUUACAAUAUCUGCAUUGGCACAAGUAUCCUUUGUGGUCUUUACCCAACACAUUUCAAGCAAAUAAUCUUGUUGUCCUUAAGAUGGCUGAAAGCAAAAUAGUACAACUUUGGGAAGGGGGAGAAAGAAAGGUUCUUAACAAGCUCAAGAUUCUUGACCUCAGUUAUUCAAAGUUGACGACCCUUGAUCUUGGGUCUAGUCCAAAUCUCGAGGCGUUGUCACUAAGAGGAUGUCGUGACUUGGUACAACUUCACAUGCUCAAUGGAUGUCCAAAUCUCAAGUCCAUCAACCUCAGUCAUUCAAAGUUGGAGACCAUUGACCUUCAUUCAUGUGUGAACCUCGAGGUCUUACAUCUUAAUGAGUGCAAUGCUUUGGUAGAACUUCACAUGCCUGGUAAAUGUCAAAAGCUCAAAUCCAUCGACCUUAGCAAUUCAAAUUUGAAGACAAUCGACCUUCACCCAGCUGUGAACCUCGAGCUCUUACAUCUUAAAGACUGCAAUGCUUUGGUAGAACUCCGCUUACCAAAUGGGCGUCUAAAGCUCAUAUCUGAUAACCUCAGUGGUUCUAAGUUGAAGACCAUUGACCUUCAUUCAUGUGUGAAUCUCGAGCUUUUACAUCUUAAAUACUGCCCUGCCUUGGUAGAACUUCACAUGCCUGGUAAAUGUCUGAAUCUCAGAUCCCUGACCCUCACUAAUUCAAAAUUGAGAACCCUACACAUUGGGUGGACUCCGAAUCUGGAGGAUUUAGAUCUUAACAACUGUUAUGAUUUGGAAGACCUUCACAUGGCUGAUAAAUGUCUAAAGCUCACAUCCCUCAACAUUAGUCAUUCAAAGUUGAAAACUGUUGACCUUGGGUUGACUCCAAAUCUGAAGAAGUUAGAUCUAAAAGAAUGUAAGAAUCUGGUACAACUUCAUGUUCCCAUUGGAUGUCUAGAAAAUCUUGUCUACUUGGACGUAAGUGGCUCUUUGGGGUUUACAUCUUUUCUGUUUGACGAAAGGGAUGCUGCUUCUAGUAUAAGGGAUGAAUCAAUCGAGGCUGGUCCUUUAGCUGAGUUACAUCUGAUUGCGGAAUCCAUAGAGAGAUGCCCACUUCACCCCGACAAUACUUUGCGAAAGUUUCAGUUUGAAUGUUUUUACAAAGAUGAUCCCUCAGUGUCUGGGAAUCUUGAGAAGCUUAUUUCUGAAGGUCUGUGUGCUUGCACAAACCUUGAGACCCUUUCAGAAAGCAUUUGUGGGUUACGACGUUUAAAAAGGCUUAAACUCGAAGGCUAUCUGGAGGCUCCCAAGGACCUUGACAAGUUAGAAUGUCUUGAAGAGCUAUGUUUUUCUAUGACAAAUAUGAAACAUCUUCCGGAUAGCAUUUGUAUGUUGAAACAUCUGGAAAUUCUUCAACUUAAACGUUAUUGGAGUCUUGAGAAGUUACCUGAGGAUCUUGGGCGAUUAGAACGUUUAAAAAGUCUGACUUUGUCAUCUGCAAAGAUUAAACAUCUUCCUGAUAGCAUUUGUAUGUUGAAACAUCUGGUAUCUCUUGAGCUUACAUAUUGUUACUUUCUCGAGAAGUUGCCCGAGGAUCUUGGCCAACUAGAAUGUUUAGAGAAGCUAUUUUUGUCGUAUGCAAAGAUCAAACAUCUUCCAGAUAGCAUCUGUACAUUGAAACGUCUGAGAACACUCGCUCUUUUUCGUUGUUGUUCACUUAAGACAAUACCAAAGGAUCUUGGCAAAUUAGAACUUUUGGUAGAGCUAGAUCUGUCAUCCUCAAUGAUCAAACAUCUUCCGGAUACCAUUUGUAUGUUGAAAUAUCUGGAAUGUCUCGGACUUGAUGAUUGUAAAUUACUUGAGAAAUUACCGGAGGAUCUUGACCAAUUAGAACGUUUAAAGUGGCUAGACCUAGGGAAGUGUAAGUUGUUACAAGAUAUCCCAAUCGGCAUCUGUAAGAUGAAAUGGUUAAAAUGGUUAAAUGUAGCAGGUACAAGCAUAAGUUGUCUUCCGCAUGACAUUUGUUUGUUGAAAGGCGUGUUUAUUUCAGGAUCGAGAGACCUUCUUCAAUCUUGUGGUUUUACAUCUGAGAUACAAACCUUCUGGAAGCAAUUGGAACAAAUGAGAGGAAUUUGUAAGGCUAUCGGGAAGAGAAGGAAACGUCACAGGGUUUUGAGUGGGAAUUGA